AUGUUUCGAAGGCUACCGACACAAUGGGUCCGCUUGGCCAGAUGGAAAUCCACAGUUAAUGCUAUUAAGGCGGAAGACCUUAUAGACCCCAUCCAUCCGCUUCUUUUGGCUCGUGCCCAAGCAAUGACAAAGGAAUACAAUGCCCUAGAGAAAAAGAUGGAAGGUGGGGCUUUUGAUCUGGAGACGAGUAUUCGUUACCUGUUGGUGCUGACGGUGCUAGAGAACUACCAUAAGUAUAACGCUGAUAUGGAGAAUGUCACUGCACUCUUGGACAUCAUCAACGAAGAGUCCCCAGACAAGGAGCUCAUGGAAGAGGCCGAGAAGGAACUCAAAGAUAUUGUGCCUAACGUCCUGAGGACGUCCCAAAGUCUCCAGAAGAAGCUUUUGCCAGCUCUCAGUCAUGACGAUAAACCAGCCAUGAUGGAACUUCGUCCUGGUAUUGGUGGAUCCGAGGCUGGUCUCUUCGCUGAGGACCUAUUAAACAUGUACAUAAACUACGCCAACCACAAGCGGUGGCCACUCAAGAUCAUGAGCAAAACGAUGGGAUCAAACAAUGGUCUCUCAGAGGCCAUAAUAACGAUAGACUACCCUGGCGCAUACAGCACACUUAGGCACGAGAGUGGUGUUCACAGAGUACAGAGAGUUCCUGCUACUGAGACCAAAGGGCGUACACACACAUCCACGGCGGCUGUCGUCGUGUUGCCUAAAAUGUCCGAGGGUAACGAGCAGUCUCUCCAAGAAGAUGAGCGUCAGUUUGCACCUGGAGAGGUUCGUAUAGACACGAUGAGAGCUGGAGGAAAAGGAGGUCAGCACGUCAACACCACCGAUUCGGCAGUCCGUUUGGUCCACAUACCGACAGGCAUUAUUGUCCAGCAACAGGACGAACGGUCCCAACCUAGAAACAAAGCCAAGGCGUUCCAGAUCUUGCGUUCGAGAUUGGCACUUAUGGAGCGUGAGAAGGAAGUGGCCGAGCAGAGGAAGAUGAGAACAGAUCAGGUCACAACAACGGACCGGUCAGACAAAAUUAGGACUUACAAUUACCCUCAGAAUAGAGUUACGGACCAUCGCUGUGGUCACUCGGUUCACGAUCUUCCUGGUGUGAUGACCGGUGUCAAGUUGGACGAAUUGAUUGAAAAAGUGGACGAGCACGAGUUUGAAGAACGACUCCAGCUUCUCAUUGACCAAGAAAAAUAG